UUUGUCUUCCUUCUCAUCGCCUUCUACACACACGCACUCUCUCUCUAUCUCUCUCUCUUGCUGUAGAGAUUGAGACCCUCUCUCUCUCUCUCUAUCACACACACACACACGUACACACCCAUUUGGCUUCUAUAAUACGUCUCUCUUAAUAUACACAAAAACAAGAAACUCCCAGAAGAAGGCUCUAUACAGAGCAUUUGCUCCUCAAAAAAUUUUGUAAUCAAGAAAAAGGAGGAGAGCUCCACUUUUUGUUUUUGUUUUUGUUUUUGUUUUAUGGGAGGAACAAUGAAUUCUAAUAUGAAUGUUUUCACCUUUGCGUUUUGUUCUGCGUUUCUUGUGUUGAUGGUUAGUGGGUUUUCAAGAAAUCUUCCCAUACUGUCUUUUGAUGAAGGGUACUCGCACCUCUUUGGGGAUGACAAUCUCAUGGUUCUUAGAGAUGGGAAAUCAGUUCACAUCUCUUUGGAUGAAAGAACAGGUUCUGGAUUUGUGUCACAAGACCUUUACCUUCAUGGGUAUUUUAGUGCUUCUAUUAAGCUCCCUGCAGAUUACACUGCUGGUGUUGUUGUUGCCUUCUAUAUGUCAAAUGGUGACAUAUAUGAGAAGAACCAUGAUGAAAUAGACUUUGAGUUCUUGGGGAACAUAAGGGGAAAGGACUGGAGAAUCCAGACAAACAUUUAUGGAAAUGGAAGCACAAGCAUUGGCAGAGAAGAGAGAUAUGGACUCUGGUUUGAUCCCUCUGAGGAUUUCCACCAAUACAGCAUCCUCUGGACUGAGAAUUUCAUUGUCUUUUAUGUUGAUAAUGUUCCCAUAAGAGAGAUCAAGAGGACAGAAGCAAUGGGUGGGGACUUCCCCUCUAAGCCAAUGUCUCUCUAUGCAACAAUAUGGGAUGGCUCUGAUUGGGCCACAAAUGGAGGCAAAUACAAAGUUAGUUACAAAUACGCCCCUUACAUUGCAGAAUUUUCCGACUUUGUCCUCCAUGGAUGCGCUGUCGACCCAAUCGAACAGUCUAAGUGCGACGAUGCAGCUAAAUUCGCCUCGAUCCCCGCCGGCAUCACACGCCAACAGAGAGCAAAAAUGGUCAGCUUCAGGAACAAGCACAUGCAAUACUCAUACUGCUACGAUCGUUCUCGGUACAAGAUUCCUCCCUCAGAGUGUGUGAUCGAUCCCAGCGAAGCCGAACGUCUCCGAGGCUUUGACCCCGUUACAUUCGGGGGAGCCCGUCACCACCGUGGCAAGAGACAUCACCGUGGUAGGCCGACCCGUGCUGAGGCGGCGUCUUCCAUCUAAAGAGGUUCUGAUAUCUAUAUAUUCACUUGAGCAUUAUCGUCACUUUCCGUUUCGAGUUGAUUUAGGUUCUUUUGGCUGUGAAUAGAGGAAAGAAGAGAAGAGAGAGCAUAGAUAUGUUGAGGAUGACAUUGCUAUUCAUAUAUGAGCCACAUUGAUCAUUGAUGGGGUAUUGUAUAUAUGUCUCAUACCUUUAGGUUCCCAUCCAGGUUUCCUCAUCGGUAUUAUCACUGUUAUUACAUCUUUGGCUUCUGAAAUUUGAGAUUUGAUUUGGAGAGAUGAUGAUCUUUUGUACUUUGAACAUUUGACACAACCUCAGGUUUCAAUAAAAGGAUGAUGAUACAUAUU